AUGAGUUCGUUAGUAGCAAUCAGCUCCAAUAACUUAGUUUCAACUUCAUUCAAUAAUCAACACAGACAUAGCUUUCCAGCUUCUGCUAAUUUCAAGAAUGUUGAGGUUGCUAUUCAAUCGAUCUCGAUGUACAACAGCCAGUUCAACGUAGAUAGCGUUGCUUAUUCCAAUAACAUUUUCAAGAUUGAAAUGCCUACCGCGGCUACUGUCUCUACGAUCAGUAUUACUCUCAAGGAUGGUAUCUAUAGCUAUACUGAUAUCAAUCGUAUGAUUCAGACUGCUUUGGUUAAUGUAGGAGCAUGUCUAGUUGAUCUCAAUGGCGAUAAUGUAUUUUGGAUUCAGCUUGUCGAGAACUCAACUUAUUACGCCGCUCAGCUCGAUGUCAGUUCCGUUCCUACAGCUCUUGGAACCUAUACUCGACCAGCUACUGGCUUGUAUAGUGCUACUGGAACAGGUCUACCGACUACUGGACGCGUUCCUCGGUUGAUCGUUGACAACGCUGCUUUCGGCAAGCCGAUCGGCUUUAGUGUUGGUCAAUACCCUUCUGCUUCGUCUACAGUCGCUGCAUCAUUCCUUAGUGAUCUAGCACCUGAGGUAAAUCCCGUUUCAGCUGACGUAGUGCGCUGCUCGCUCGUUAAUAAUACAUUCACCUCUCCACCUGAUAUUCUAACCGUAUUCAACAGCCAAGGGACGUCUGCUGGUCAACUAAUCGCUUAUCAGCCAAAUGAGUGCAGUUGGACGCGAGUUAAUGAUGGCUCUUACAGUACUAUUACCAUUACCAUCGUUGAUCAGCUGGAGAGAUUCAUCAAGUUUCGCGAUCCCAAUCUCUUGAUUAGUCUUAUCUUUCGCGAAGCACAGAAGUAA